AUGAUGAGUACUACACAUUUAAAUGAGCCGAAUACUAAUGAAGAAUAUGUAUGUUCACGUGAAGAACAACAUCAACGUUAUCCAUCAACAAAUUCUUCAACACCGAAUUCAACCGGUGGUGAAAAACAAUUUAAUUUGACAAGCAAUAAUAAUGAACGAUCAGGACAAAAUUCAAGAACGAGUUCUUUAGCUGAAUCGACAACAACUUCAUCAUCAUUAAUUAACAAUGAAGGUUUUUCUAAUAUUGGAGAAAUUAUUCAACAUUUACAAAGAGUUUGGUUUGAUAACAAUAAUCGUGAAGGGUCACGUCGAACAGCAAAUACUUUGACAACAUCAUCAACUAAUCAUACAAAUGUAAAUGAAACAGUUCCACCACAUCAUACAAAAGGUCAUUCUCAACAACAUUAUACUCAUCAUCAAUCUGGUCAACAACAACAACAACAUAAUCAAUAUUCUGGACAACAAUAUUGGAAUAAUUAUAAUAAUCCUCGUCGAUCUGGUAGUGGAAAUUAUACGCGUAAUUAUAGUGGAGGAAAUAAUGAUCUUUAUUGGAAUCAAAAAUCAAAUCGAUUUCCAUCACAUCGUUCAAUGAAUAAUCUUAUGACAAAUUCUGUUAAUUAUCAACAACAAUCUCAAUCAUCACCACCUACUCAACGACGUCAAGGUGAACAACAACAACAACAACAACAACAACAAUAUUAUCAUAAUGAGCAACAACAGCAACAACAACCUUCACAAUCAUAUUUUAAAAAAAAUCGUUCUGAUCAUCGUCCAAAUGGAUAUGCAAUUCAACAACAAUCAUUAGAUUAUUCAUCAAAUACAACUACAUCUGAACAGUCGAAUAUAAAUUCAACACAGUCAUAUCCGAGUAAUUUAAACUCAUAUAACAGAUAG